CCACGCCCCAGAGUUCCAGGUCUGCACCCUCCUCCGCCACCAUGGGCCUCUAUCUUCCCGGGUUACUCUUCUUCCUGGCGAUCUCAUUGCCUUCAGGAAAUGCUAUGUUUGGGAAUGAUGGAGUAGAGAUACGUGGUUGCACUGUACUUACCGGCAGAUGUUUCUUGGGUUGUCCACCAGGAUGGCAGUGGUUGGCUUUCUGCCGUAACUUUAUGUCUUGUUGUAAAAAGUUAACCGUUCAUUUACCCCCGCAAGCUGAAGAUCCAUGGAUCACCUAAACGUCCUGGGUCUAAUUAAAAGGACACAUGAAUAGCUAGAAGGACUAAACUCCCAAUCUGUGUGGAAGGAUCUGAGAGCUCCUUAACAAGCCCAGGACAGUGGAUGGGG